UGAUUGAAAUUUUCUAAAAUGUUAAUUAAAUUCUAGUUAAUGUUUCGCAUUAUGACUAUCAAACCAUAACUUAGAGGCAAUGUAUACCCCCACUCUUCAAAUUUGAUUUUCUUAUUUUCUAAAUAAUAUAGAUGUCAUAAAAUACAUCGCAAGCAGUCUGCCUUCCAAACGGCCUUCAUGUGUUUUACACUUUUUUUAUAUUCACCCACUACGCCCAGCCAAAGUUCACGUGUGACGAUACAUUCAUUUACUGUCAUCUUAAUGACUGCAACUGCCUGUGAAUGAAUGAGCGACCGUUACUUCUGUAGGGAUUCUCAUAAAACUGUGAUUUCUUAACGUGUCAUCAAGCCAUAGCUCCUUAAAAGUAGCAGAAGGUUAAAGUACACUUAACUUGAACCCAUUGUCCACACGGCCAUGUGAGGGAGAAAGACUACUUUUUUACCCCCUGUCACUUUCUCUGUAGAAACUGGGUUUGAUCAGAGCUUAUGAAAUUCGAAUAAGAGGAUUUAUAGGGGGGAAUUCUCGGCAAGAAGAACAUCAGGAGCUAUGGAGGACAUCAACAACAGCAGCAUUGAUCCCGCCUGUUUGCAGGAACCCCCUCUGGCUAUGGAUGUGAUAAAGCGUAAGUCUUUCCUUAUCCAUCAGGUCAAGCGAAUGACAAAGCAUCUGAAGUCUUCAGAUUCUGCAUCUCGUACACGUCAAAAUAGCUUUAAGCCAAAAAUAACAGUAAGGAUAAUAAAAGCCGAUUCAAUGUUGUGCCAAAUACUCAGAAUCUCUUCUAAUUCUAAAAACAGAAAUUACUUUUAUGUAAUCAGAGGAUGCUCUAGCCAUGUUCAUAUUUCAUAUGUCACCAACUCUUUGUUGCACGACUAUAAUUUUCCUUUUUGUGUGUUCCAAUCAGAGCUAGAUACGUUCGGAAUGGGUCUGUACGCCAUCCUCACCUUCAUGUCCUGCACAUCCCUGCUUCUCUAUUUGGAGCAAUGUGUUUAUAUUUAUAAAAAACUGCCCUACCCAAAGAAGACAACCAUCAUCUGGGUCAAUGGAGCCGCACCUGUCAUCGCCACCAUGUCGUGUUUUGGCAUGUGGAUCCCCAGGGCUGUUAUGGUCACAGAUAUGACGUCAAAUUGUUAUUUUGCAGUGGUGGUGUACAAAGUGUUGGUUCUGCUCAUUGAGGAGUUGGGUGGCAGCGAUGAAUUUCUGAAGCGCUUUUCUGGGAAACCCUUCAAGAUCACCACGGGGCCGUGUUGCUGCUGCUGCCUCUGUUUACCUCAUGUGCCCAUGUCGCGGGGCAUGUUGUUCCUUCUGAAGUUGGGUGCACUGCAGUACGCCAUCCUCAAAACGGUGCUGAGCAUCCUCUCCAUAAUACUGUGGACAAACGGCAACUUUGACCUCUCAGAUCUCGAGAUCACUGGCACCGCAAUUUGGAUCAACCCGUUCAUUGGCGUUCUCACCAUCGCCUCCCUGUGGCCCGUGGCCAUCGUGUUCAUGAACACCAACCACCUUUUACGCCAACUCAAUAUCGUACCAAAGUACGCCAUGUACCAACUAAUACUCGUACUAAGUCAACUGCAGACGUCCAUCAUCAACAUUCUGGCUCUGGAUGGAACCAUCGCCUGCGCCCCUCCCUUUUCUUCGCAGGCCCGUGGCUCCAUGCUAAGUCAGCAGAUGAUGAUCAUGGAGAUGUUCAUCAUCACCCUGGUUACUCGCUUCUUUUAUCGUCGCACAUAUGAAACGCUUAGCUCACCCGCGUGUGACCAGCACAAGGACGGAGCCUCCCUGCAGGCCGCCCACAUGGAGCACGACGUCUGAACGAGGGGAGCUGAAAGAUGCGCUUUAUCUGAGGUACCAUUGCUCAAAUGGUCAAUUUUCAUGUUGAAAACAUUAUAUGACAAAGUAUUUCUGCAGGACUGUAUUUACUAAUUUGACUAAAUUCUUUUAGGUUAGUUCCUAGUUCACACAAAUUAACCUUUGAAUAAAUAAUAUCAUAAUCCCACUUAAAAGGAGCCAUAUCAUUUUGUUUUGGCUAUUUCCGGCCUACUUUUUUUUUCUUAAUAUGUACUCAUCUUUACGUAUUAACUUAUUGUUCUAUUAGUAACACUAUUAUCUUUUUAAAGACUGAAUUUUUAAUAGUGAUUUUAUAAAUGCCUUUGAUUAUAGCUAUAAUCCCUGACACAAUAUUAUUUUUCUCAUUGUUUAAUGUAUGCGCAAUUAAGGAGUGUUUACAUGAAGAUUGUCAUAAUUGAAAGUUAUUUCAUUGCUCAAUGGAAUCAUGUAUUUAAGGGUUUUUAUGUGUGAUGUGUAUCUGCAUUAUCUACGUAGCGCUCCCACCAAAGCUUUUGUUGUCUGUGAACAAAACAAAAGAAGUUUAUUUAAAGACUGCUGACCCACUUAGUACAAAGCGGAAAAUACUUGGAUGAAGUGGCAGCUUUAUCUGCUGUUCCUCUAAUGGCCAAAAGAGGGCGUGUUCCACUUGGAAUCCUCAAGGAACCUCCGCCUCAUUUAUAAAAAGCAGCAAAGUUGACAUAUUGCAUCAAAAUACUGUACUAUGUACUUUUAUUAUGCAUGCAAACAAAAAAGAUAAAGAUGCUCUCAUUUCUGA